GACUGUGUGUAUGUGUAUGGGGUUUCUCUCUCCCUUGUAAGCACACAGCCAGCCCACCUUCUCCUGCUGUUGCUGCUCUGACUUGCUUUGUGCUGCCUCUUUCCUCUCCUCUCUCUUCUUGCUUAGCUCCUUGCGUUCUGAUACCACUCCCAGCAUGGAGACUAAUCACUCUGAACAGCCCCCAGCAGAGCCAGAGGCAACCUGCCCAGGAGACAGUUCAUCAUCACCCAGUCAAAACGGCCUGGAGAAGGACAGCGGUCAGGAUUCCUCAACCCCACUCCACGCACCAGGAAAAGAGGCAAGCGGGCACCCCGAUAUCUCUGAGGAGUUGAAUCGACAGCUGGAAGACAUCAUAAACACGUAUGGCCCUGCUGCCAGUACCGUCGGGAAAGAGGGCCCUGCCAAGGCCAAGGAGCAGCCUGACAUUGCAGAAUCACCCGACAAUGAGGACGUGGACUGUGAAGAAACCAAUGAAGAAGCUGAAAAAGACGCAGUUGCUCCUGGAGAGCCACACACAGUCAAAGAGCCCGUCAGCAACAAAGAGCAAAAACUGGAAAAGAAAAUGCUGAAAGGAUUAGGCAAAGAAGCCAACCUGCUAAUGCAAAAUCUGAACAAGCUGCAAACACCUGAAGAAAAGCUUGAUUUUUUAUUCAAGAAGUAUGCUGAAUUGCUGGAUGAACAUCGCACUGAGCAAAAGAAGUUAAAGCUUCUACAAAAGAAACAGGCACAAAUCCAAAAAGAAAAGGACCAGUUACAAAGCGAACACAGCAGAGCUAUCCUCGCUCGAAGCAAACUGGAGAGUCUGUGCCGGGAGCUGCAGAGACACAACAAGACCCUGAAGGAAGAGACCCUUCAGAGGGCACGUGAGGAAGAAGAGAAAAGGAAGGAGAUUACAAGUCAUUUCCAGAGCACCCUGACAGACAUCCAGGCUCAGAUCGAACAGCAGAGUGAACGAAACAUGAAGCUCUGUCAGGAGAACACAGAGCUCGCAGAAAAGCUGAAAAGCAUCAUCGAUCAGUAUGAGCUCAGAGAGGAGCACCUGGACAAAAUAUUUAAACACAGAGAACUGCAGCAGAAGCUGGUGGAUGCAAAACUGGAGCAGGCACAAGAAAUGAUGAAGGAAGCAGAGGAGCGCCACAAACGAGAAAAGGAAUAUUUGCUGAACCAGGCGGCAGAGUGGAAACUUCAGGCCAAAGUGCUGAAGGAACAAGAGACAAUUCUGCAGGCCCAGCUUACUCUCUACUCAGGAAGGUUUGAAGAGUUUCAGAGCACACUGACGAAAAGCAAUGAAGUGUUCGCCACUUUCAAACAGGAAAUGGAUAAAACAACGAAGAAAAUGAAGAAGCUGGAAAAGGACACAGCCACGUGGAAAGCCCGGUUUGAGAGCUGUAACAAGGCUCUGUUGGACAUGAUUGAAGAGAAAGCGCUGAGAGCUAAAGAAUACGAGUGUUUCGUGAUGAAAAUUGGGAGACUAGAAAACCUCUGUCGUGCUUUACAAGAAGAGAGAAAUGAACUCUACAAAAAAAUCAGAGAGACAAAAACAUCUGAAAAAGAUGACCAAAGUCAGCACACCUCUGAUGAAGAGCCAGAGUCAAAUGUCUCUGUGGAUGAAGAGGUUGGUGCAGAGGAGGCCAAGCGUGUGCAAAACGCUGUGGAAAAUCUGGCCAUGGCCUUCAUGGUAAUUCAUCAUCCAGAGUCAACCCCACAACAGUCCAAAGAAAGCCAACCAGAAUUCGGCAGUCCUCAUGGGUGCGGCGACACUGCCCUCAAGGAGCCAGAACAACCCCAUCUGGUCAAUUCAGGGGAGACAGAGAGUCCCCAGCCUCGCCCCACUCCUCAGGCUGAAGCCCCAGGAGGCAGUGAGGCAGAACCUCCCUCCAAGACCAGUAAUCCCCCUGCUGGGUUGGAAGCAGAAGCCCAAGGCGAGGGUCUCCCCGCUGGAGCACAGGCUCAGCAGCAGUCCUGCAAGCCAGGGGCAGAAGCUUCAGGUCAGACCCCUCAGUCCCCAGCUGAGGCCCCCCUACAGAGGGUGGAGGCAAGUGGUCCUGCGCCACCAUCCCCAGCAGAUGGGCAAGGGCCAGCUGGGGUGCCUGGAGGUGAGCCCAGUAGGCAGCCCCAUCCAGCAGCAGCAGAGGAGCUGCCCCCAGGGGCCUCGGACAGGCCCCAGCUGCCCGAAGUGACCGACACCAAUCUGGAAGGUGUAGACUAGGCCUCACCGUGCCUUCAGAGGCUGUUCUUGACUCUUUGCACCUUGGUCACAACAGAUUGUCUUCUGAAAGAGGCAUUAAGGGCUAGGCAUGGCAAACGGAAGAGAAUUAGGAUCAAGACAAUUUUUAACGUUAUGCAGAGCACAUUCAUUAAGACUUUGCUAUUUGUUCUCAAUUUAUAACUGAUUUGGAGCUUUUCUAUUUAACACUGGUUGAUAGUAUUAUAUAAUUUUCCCAAAUGGCAACGAUACAUACCAAUAGCAAAUUCAUAUUACUUUUCCAUUAAGAUGAUGCUUAAUUCAAUGUCUCAAUCAACAAUAAGAUUUGGUAUUUAAAGACUUCUACUAUGAUAUAUAAAUUCAGAAAAUGUGAUGUUCUAUUUACUUCCACAUAUUUCCAUAGUAAUUUAUGGAUGUCCAGAUUCCAUUUAAAUAGUAUAUGUACAUAAUAUAUGCAAACAGGUUUAUUUAUAUGUAUAUAUGUAUGCAUAGAUGUAUGGAUAUAUACAUAAAUUUAUACACAUUAAUAUACACUUAUAUACACAUAUAAGAUAUAUACAUAUAUAUAAAUGUAUAUAUUACACAUAUAUUUCUCUCCUUCCUGGAGUUUUCUCUAUGCAAAAUAUUUAGAUGCUCAUCAAAAAAUUAUCUCCUACUUGCACUUGGGACUAUGAUAGACUAAUGGUCUAUGAAUCAGAAGUAGGUUCAGAACACAAGUAUUUAGGCUAUCAUUACACUGGGCAAAAAUAAGUCACCCAAUUGUAGAUCAAUAAAUUCAAGCAACUGAUCAAAUGACAGAAGAGUGGUUGGGUUAGACUGCAAGUUUGUGCAGACAGCAUGGACACAAAGACGGCCACAAGAGACCCUAAACAGAAAAGGGGAACAAAGGCUCAGCCCAUUGCAUUGCAGCCCCCUCCUGUGGUCAGGCCGCCCAGAGUGGAAAGGAUUGGAAGUGGGAAAGGGAGUGAGGGAUUGAGGGGUUGAGGGACCUCAGAGUGGGAAGAGGCUGUGCUCUGGUCCCCUGCCUCUUGUGCUACAAAUAUCUCAAGACAGAAUAUUCACCUCUUGCUAUCACUGUCUAUAUUCUCAAAGCAUCUGCUCCCUCCUUCCAAACUCCCUCCUUCGCAGCUGGAAAUUAUAGCCAACUCUCAGCUCAAUUAAUGCUAAAUAAAACUGUUAUUUUUCCAAAACAGAAAUCCACACAGGGUCUCAACAUGAGUGAUGAGGCUUACAAACCAACACAUUUUCUGCUUUGAGGAUUUCUCUGCAGACCAGAGUAGAAAGCAAAACAUAAAUGGGUCCCUACACAAAACGAUUUCAAAAAUGGUGACGAUUCAGGAAAAGGCAAAAGCUGGAAACACCUGGGGUUGUCUACAUGAGUAUUACAUUAUCACUGCUUGACAAGAACCUCUAGUGAUACUGACAGCAUAGAUUACUCUACCUAGGGUAAAGGAAGACUGCAAAGAUGAAAUAGGAAGGAAGAGAGGGAGGGAGGGGGAAGGGAGAGAAGGAGGAAGGGAAAAGAGAGGAAAGAAAAAAAAGUCUAACUCAAUCCUUCCUUAAAAGUUGAACUUACGAAAAAAAAUGGAUAAAAGCAAGAUUCUCUACUACGCAUUCAGGAAAUCAUUCUUCAAUGUUGCAUGUGGCUGUUUGCCAAGGCACAUAAAGCACUUCUAGGCAGCAGCCAUAUGCUAUAAGAAUUGUAAACUGCAUACAAUUUGUUUGAAGUAGACAGUGAGGGUAAUAACAAAAUUGCUAGGCAGGAAAAAAAGUCAGGAAAAAAGUAUGCUGCUAUUUAAGAAUCUGUGUAUUUUUAAAGGCUUAAAAUAUUAUAACCACAAGGUAUCCAGCCAAAUUCAACAUUACUGGAAGUCUUAGAGAUUUAAGCAUUUACUUAAUUCAAAGAUAAAUAUUCACCAUAAAAAUCCAGGAGGGUCUCCUUCCCCACUAUUUACAGAGGCUGAACUUCCAAGAAUGGUGUAAGAUUAAAGAAUCAUAGGAAAGUCUCAGUCUGAAUGUUUAGCAAGAGAAACAGGCAGGAGAGGAGCAAAAAUCCAGUAAAUCAAAUAUUCCAACACCCAAAGUUCAUUAUGUUCAUGCAAAAGGCUUUCAUAGCAACAUAUUACUCACUAUGGUGUGUAUCUUGGGCAGAGUUUCAGAUACAAUGACUUCCCUAAAAUUUGUAAAGGCUUUGGGAGAAUUAUUUUCAUAUUCCAAGAAUGUUUCAUUAUAGUCCUUUGUGUUAGAAUUUGGCCUUACUAAUUAUAACAAUAACUCAUAAAGAACUGAAAGCAGAAGAAAUAUCUGUCCUUUGUCAAGUUCAAGUAACUGUUUUCAGAGAUGCCAAGUCUACUUUCUAGAAACACUAGAGUUGUUGGUAUUUUAUAAAUUAUGUAUCCAUUAAAAAGGUACUUCUCUUCCCAAAUUC